GGGUGUAGCUCUUCCUUCCCUAGUUAUUCCAGCGGGCUGUACGGCUAACGCCGCCUGCUGAACGUUUUCCGCCGCUGGUGUCUGCGUGCGGGGGGGAGCGCGGCCCUGGCUCCCGUUUCAGGGGGCGCUGCGGGAGCGUGUCCCAAACGCUGCCCGUCUCUCCGAGACGCCGGGGUAGGUGAUGUCCUCGCUCACAGCCGCUCCGCUGCAGCCGGGCAGGGGCCAGGGCUGGCAGGACGCUAGGCACCAGACAAGGCAGGUCCUGGGGCCUGAUCGUCCGCGGAGCUGAGCCCUUGCAGCAGGGCAGCUCCCCGUGGCUGGAGCGCGGUGAGCCCUGGCAGGCCCGCCGGCCGGCCGCAGAGGGGGGUGCUGCUGCUGGCGCCCUCGGGGGAGGGGAAGGGGGAGACGCCUUGGUGUUGCGACAUCGUCUCGCUCUCCGCGGCUGCUGGCGGGGCAGCUCGCUCAGUCAGCGUCGGGCUCCUGCGCGGUGCCGCGAAGGGGAAGCACCCGGCCGAGCCGCUCUCCCAGCUCUCGGGGGCACCGAGCAGCGCGGGGCUCCGGCCCGCUCGGGGCAGCAGCAGCACCGGGUCCCGGCCAGGCGGCCUCGCUCCUCCCCUUUCACUCCGUGUCCCCACGCGCGUCCUCCUCGCCGCCGCGGUCCAAUAGUGUGAAGAACAAUCUUUGUUUCACUUGAAUUAAACUCCAUGACGAUUCCACGCUGCAAAUCUCUAGUCGCUCAAAGAUGAUGUUAGAAGGAGCAGCCUCUUGCUAUCUUAACAAUGGAAGGUCAGUCUUGUGCUAACACAGAGAUUAUCCAGCAAGUAGCCUCCGGAUCAAGUCCUCCACCCUUCCUUAACUUGCUGAAAAUACAUCGAGAACUUUUAGUCAGCAAAAUCCGAAACACCCAGUGUUUGUUUGACAACUUGAUUAAGAAUGAAUACUUCUCUACUGAAGAUGCAGAGAUUGCUGCACAGUUUCCUACUCAAGCCGACAAGGUUCGUAAAAUUCUGGAUCUGGUUCAAAGCAAAGGAGAAGAAGUUUCAGAAUAUUUCAUCUACAUCCUGCAAGAAGUCUCUGAUGCGUAUUACGAACUACAGCCUUGGUUGGAUGAAAUAGAAUUCCACCCUUCACAGAAUAUUCAAAAUAAACCUGUUGUAAAUACAGAUCCAGUCAGCAGGUACCGUCAGAAACUCAAAUAUGAAUUGGCACGAGACACAAAGUUUGUUAUGUCGUAUGCUCAGAAGGAGGAAAUGCUGCUGGAGGAAACCUAUGCUGCUAGUCUUAUCGAGCUGGUCAGUUAUACCAAUGAGAGCCUAGGCAAGGUGAGCUGCCUAGAAGAUCUGUUUGAUGAUAGAAUUGGGUUAAUUAACGAAGAUGGAGAGACGAUCUACAUCUUUGGUGAUGCAGGUAUUGGAAAAUCCAUUUUGCUGCAAAAGAUGCAAAAUCUUUGGGCCAGAGGAGAAUUGGAUGUAGGUGCCAAAUUUUUCUUCCGGUUCAGGUGCAGGAUGUUUAGCUGUUUUAAGGAGAAUGAAGCCAUCUGUUUGAAGGAUCUCCUGUUCAAAUACAACUGUUACCCAGACCAAGACCCCGAGGAGGUAUUCAACCACAUCCUGCACUUCCCUCAUACAGCCCUCUUCACGUUUGAUGGUUUUGAUGAGAUCCAUUCCGACUUUGACUUGAGCAGCAUCCCCGAGAUCUGCUCACCCAAUGAACCUAUCCACCCUCUUGCCCUGUUGGUGAAUCUUCUCAGUGGAAAGGUUCUUAAGGGAUCAAGGAAAGUUCUGACAGCAAGGACAGGAACUGAGAUCCAUCAAAACAUCAUUAGGAAGAAAGUACUGCUCCGAGGGUUUUCCAGCAAUAACUUGAAGGAAUACACUAAGAAAUUCUUCAGAGACGAGGAGUGUCGGGUAUUGAUGUCGAACCAGCUGGAAGCAAACCCCAGUCUCUGCAGUUUGUGUUCGGUGCCUUUGUUUUGUUGGAUUAUCUUUAAAUGCUUUGAACUCUUCCAUUCCAUGUUUGACAGUCAUGAGCUUCCAAACUACUCAGUUACACUCACAGAUGUUUUUUUGCUCAUGACUGAAGUUCACUUGAACCGAACUCUGAAAACAAAUUUGCUGAAGAAGAACACCAGGAGCCAAGUGGAGACUUUCAGGUCAAAAAAGGAAACUCUGUUCUCUUUAGGUAAAAUAGCACACAUGGGGAUGGAGAAGUCUCUCUUUUUCUUUGACCAGGAGGAAGUCACAUCCUUGAACAUGUCAGAGCAGGAUUUGCAUCUGGGAUUCCUCAGAACGGUUCAUGACUGUGGUGGUUAUGGAGACCAGUCCUUCUAUGAGUUCUUACACUUGACCUUGCAGUCUUUUUUCACAGCUUUGUUCCUAGUUACUGAAGAGAAAUUGGGUACAAAGGAGUUACUGAAGUUUUUCGCAGAGUGCUCUUCCACUGAGACUGCCCAGUCUACUUGUUUCCCUAUUUCCUGGGUGCACAAACGCUCUAUAGGAGAAGAUCCUUUCCGAAAUAAAGAACAUUUUCACUUCACCAAUCUUUUCCUCUGUGGUCUGCUUUCCAAAGACAAGGAGAAGCUCCUCAGACAUUUAGUUUCACCUGCAGCCAUUAAGAGGAAAAGAAAUGCGCUCAUCACAUAUCUCUUGGAAAGCAUGAAAUUUCAAUUGCAGAGCCUGAUGCGGGCAAAACUUAAGGGUUAUAAACAGAUUCAGGUCAUGCCCAAUUUUGUUUGGAUGCUGAGGUGCAUUUAUGAGACUCAAAGUGAAAAACUAGCCAAGCUGACUGUCAGGGGCAUGAGGGCCAACUACAUCAAACUCACCUAUUGCAAUGCCUAUUCGUCGGACUGCAGCGCUAUAUCCUUUGUGAUGCAGCACUUUCAGAAGCAUCUGGGUCUGGAUCUAGACAACAAUAAUAUCAAUGACUAUGGAGUAAAACAACUUCUACCUUGUUUUAACAAGCUUGCGGUGAUCAGGCUGAGUGUUAAUCAGAUCACAGAUCAUGGAGUAAGAGUACUAUACGAUGAGCUCUCCAAGUUCAAAAUUGUGACUACCCUGGGCUUGUACAACAACCAAAUUACUGAUGUUGGAGCCAAAUACGUUGCAAGACUCAUUGAAGAAUGUUCAAGCCUCACAUAUGUUAAAAUAGGAGCAAACAAGAUAACCACUGAAGGAGGGAAAUGUCUUGCCCUUGCUAUCCAGAAGAGCAAAACGAUGUAUGACAUUGGGAUGUGGGGUAACCAGGUUGGAGAUGAAGGAGCGAAGGCAUUUGCUGAGGCGCUGAGGAAUCACCCCACCUUAACGAAUGUGAGUCUUGCAUUCAAUGGCAUCACGCCAGAGGGAGGCAAAAGCAUUGCCGAAGCUUUGAAGCACAACAACACCGUGAAAAUAUUUUGGUUGACUAAAAAUGCGAUAGAUGACGACGCUGCAGAGAGCUUUGCAGAGAUGCUGAGAGUCAACAAGAAGCUAGCGCAUUUAUGGCUUAUCCAGAAUCAGAUUACAGCCAAAGGGGCCAAAUACCUCAGCGAAGCUCUCCAGGAGAACACAACCAUUAAAGAAAUCUGCUUAAAUGGGAACCUGAUCAACCAAGAAGAGGCCAAAGCCUUUGCAAAUGAAGAGCGGAUUAUUUGCUUUUGAGUGUGUUCUUUCCAGUUUGGACAAGCUCAGUAUUACAAGUACUGUUCCAGCACUUGGAGACUGCAGGGUUACCAAGGCAUCCAUCUGCACUGGGGACGUCACAGCAUGUAAGAGUCUGAUUAAGUGGCUUUUUCAGAACACUCUACCCUUCCCCCUCCACCAAGGUGCCUGUGUUGUUACUCCACACUUUUGCUGAGUGGGACAGUGCCUUAGAGAACUACAUUAAAUCGUCUAAGCACUGUACAAAAGUGCUAUGUCUGUGUCAUCAAACCAAACCCCCGGCAGGUCUAUGGAUUAUGUAAAUAAGUCUCUGUAUAGCUUGUUUAUGUGUACAAUUAAGGGUGCAAGAUCUUAUGGAAGAGCCACAAGCUCACAGCACUAUCCCCCAUGGACUGAGGAAAAGCUUGUGAGCAUUUGGAAAUCCUGAGCAGAACUGUAAACCAGCCCUGCAAAGUAUUUUCUGCUGGUGCCUUCAGCACCCAUACUCGUUCCUGCCCGGUACCUGAGGUCUAAUUUUCCCAUCAACUGUCAAUGGAGGUGUGGGCGCUCAGCACUCCUGAAAAGCAGGAUUUUGGCUAUUGUUAAUACUCCUUAGUGGAGCAAAUUCACACCACUGCCCCCAGAUAUUCCGCAACACUCCUCCCAUGUUGUUAGAAAGUUGUGUGAUCUGUAUCGAGACAGCCCCUGUAAGUACAGUGUUCCGUUUUGGGGGAUUUUGGAGAUAAACCUGAAGAAGGGGCCUCUAGCUUCAGAUACUAGACAAAUUUAGACUGGACUUACACAGUAUAAAUUUUUUAUGAGACUAGUUAGCCAUUGGAACCAUUUACACAGGGCCAGCAUGGAUUCUCUAUCACUGAUGAUUUUUAAAUCAAGGUUGGAUAGUUUUCUGAAAGAUCUGCUCUAGGAAUUAUAGUGGGGGAAGUUCGAGGGCCUGGGUUGUACUGGAGGUCAGACUAGAUCAGAGAUUCUCAAACUGGGGGUCAUGACCCCUCAAGGGGUCACAAACUGUCAACCUCAACCCCCAAACCCUGCUUCACCUCCAGCAUUUAGAAU